UCAAAGGCCGGUACUUCGAUUAAACUACAUAUCAAUACUCCACAGUCCACAUAACCAUGUUGCCAAUGUUGCCAUGUGCAUAGUAGAGUCGUCAGCUGCAGUUCUGUUCAAAUUAUACUGACUUUUUAGUUUUUAUAAAUAAUGAAUCCUAGUCGAGACGCAAUUCUAAGCCUUUAUCGGAAUUUAAUCCGUGAAAGUAAAAACUGGAGCUCGUACAAUUACAGAAUGUAUGCUCUGCGAAAAAUACGACAUGAAUUCAAAGAAAACAAAGCAUUAGAAGAUGUAGAAAAGGUUAAGCAAUGUUACGCAAAAGGACAAGAAAUAUUGGCGAUGAUCAAGAGACAGGUCAUACUGGGCGAUCUCUAUGGCACUAAGCCCUUAGUAAUUGAAACCAAAGGCAAACUACAUGACACAGUAAAAUAGAAUCCAAUUGUAGUUUUUGCUUUAAUACUACGUCAUGUACUUUUGUCUACAGUUUACUUUCCAUUACAAGACAAACUUAAAUAUUAUAUAAAGAGAUACUAUAAUUCAGUGUAUAUCGUAUAUCAAAGACACAGUUUACAAAACUGUGAUUAUUUGAUUAUUUCUUCAUAUAUGGAUACAAAAGAAAUUCAGUAGUUCAUGCAAAAAGAUAUUUCAUUGACACGACUAAGUUAUAUUUGAAGUAUUUUUGUAUUUAUAUAUGUAUAUAUGAGUAUGAAAGACAUUGUAAAUGCUUUUCAAAUUGUUAGAAAAUAAAAUUUUGUUAAUACCGUGA